AAAGGGGUGAUUUAUUAAAAUCCUUAAAAUAUUUUUAAAAGGGAAAUAAAUCCGCUUACUUUUUAGUCCUCACAACAAACUCGCAAGACAUUCACCAAUACAGCUACACUCACACAAAUUGUCCAAUACUCACAAGACACACACAUUUAAAAACCCAAAAGUUCCAACAUUUCAACAAGCCCUUCAUUUCUUUCUUCCAUCAAACCAAAAAUUUUAUCCUUCUCCAUUUCAUGAUGACUCCUUCCUCUCAACCAAAAAAAAUGUCCCCAGUCCACCAAGCUCCACCACCACCGCCGCCGCCGCCCACCAACACCGACGAAAUCAUGCCAAUCAUUUCAUCCUCACCAUCGUCCCAAAAACCAACAAAACGUUACAUGGUGCUACUAGUCUUAAACUAUAUGUUACUCUUUGUAGGCUCCUUGGCCUCCUCACUCUUGGCCAAAUUUUACUUCAUCCACAAUGGCUCAAGCCGAUGGGUCUCAACUUGGGUCCAAUGUGCUGGCUUUCCCAUCCUUAUCAUCCCUAUAGUUCUCCCUUACAUGUUUGAAUUAAGCCCUAGAAAACCCUUCAAAAAAUUUACCAAAAGAUUAAUUCUCCUCUCUAUGAUAAUUGGAGUUUUAUUUUUCCUAAACAACUUUUUAAUUUCUUGGGGCACUUCUUAUUUGCCGGUCUCAACAUCUUCCUUGCUUUUAUCUUCUCAACUCGUGUUCACAUUAAUCUUAUCGUGCCUCAUUGUUAAGCAAAAAAUCACCUUUAACAACUUAAAUUGUGUGAUUUUAUUAACCAUAAGUUCGGUUUUAUUAGCUUUAAUUUCGAGCCAUGACCAUCCCGAGGGUGUAACCAAGCGCAUGUAUUUUAUUGGCUAUUUUUGUACCAUUGGUGCCGGAUUGCUCUUCUCUCUUUAUCUUCCUCUCAUGGAGAAAAUCUAUAGGGAGGUUUAUUGCUAUGAAAUGGUGGUAGAGAUGCAAUUUGUUAUGGAGUUUACAACAACGGUGAUCGCCACCAUAGCAAUGGCGGCGGCUGGUGGUUUCAAAGAGAUGAAGAGGGAGAGCAUGGUCGAAUACGACCUAGGUCAUAACAUGUACUGGCUAACCGUGAUGGGUAACAUCAUAAGUUGGCAAGUGUGCUUCAUGGGCACCGCGGGGAUGGUGUUUCUGACCACCUCGUUAACCGGAGGCGUGUGCAUGACCGCCCUCCUAGCGUUGAACGUGAUCGGCGGGGUCUUAGUGUACGGGGACAACUUUAGCGGCCCCAAAGCUGUGUCCACCGUGAUAUGUGCAUGGGGGUUUUGCUCCUACGUGUAUGGGUUGUAUGUGAACAGGGAAAAGGGAGGGACUGAUGAGAAAAAUCGUGCAAAAGAGAUGACGCAAAUUUUAAUUGAUGAGCAUUAAAUUUAAUUUUGUUAUCUUUUGAAAUAAGCCUAGCAAAUACAAUGGUAUAGUGUUACAUUAUGUAACUUAAUUACAUACAUCUUACAUGUUAUGAAAACAAAACAAUACAAAGUUUAUUUUUUAUUUACAAAAUGUAUGUACUUUUAAAUGGAAAUGUGUGAAUGGGUUGAACACUUACUAUAAGUUUUGGUGCAUCGUAUUUUAAAUUGGGUUUAUCUUCCGGUUUUUUUUUUUUUUUUUUUUCUUUUUUCUUUUGUAUAAGCUAAGUAAACAAAAGUAGUAAUUCUAACACAUUAUCAAAAUUCUCAUAAUAAGGCUAUAUACAAUCGCACUGCCAUUUUAAUGGUUAAUAAACAUGCGUUUAUGAUAAAAAGAUUUUACAAUAUGCUUCUAGAAAUUAUAUGUGUAAUGUGUUAGACUCUUUUCUAAGUUAUUAACCGUGAGUGCACGGAUCUUAUUGUAAACGUAAAUACCAAUUAAUACAUGUUGUA